AUGGCGGCUGUCCCCGCAGGCAGGAAGGGGCCUCCCUGCCACCAGCCGGAGGUCGACUGUGUAGUCUGGGAGUUCUUCAGGGCCUACAACAGCACGAGUGAAGGUGGAUUUUGCAUUGCUGCAUGUGUCGGAUCCGUGGACCUGUCACUGCUGGCUACGAGGCUCCGCAGUCAGCUCAGCCGGGUUUGCUCCUUGCGUGCAGAAUUUAUAGAGCAGCAGCAAGACAAGAACAAGCAGUACUACUACCACCGGCAGUACCGGCGCGUGCCCGACCUCACCGAGUGCCAGGAGAAGGACGCCCUGUGCAUGUACGAAGCCGAGAUGCAGUGGAGAAGGGACUACAAAGUUGACCAAGAAAUUGUCAACAUUAUCCAGGAGCGACUUAAAGCCUGCCAACAGAGGGAAGGAGAGAGCCACAAGCAGAACUGUGCCAAGGAACUGGAGCAGUUCACCCAGGUGGCCAAGGCCUACCAGGACCGAUAUUUUGACCUGGGGGCCAAUUACUCUGCCCGGAAGUGCUUGGCAAAGCAGAAGCAGAGGAUGCUGGAAGAGAGAAAGGCAGCCAAAAAGGCUGCAGCCGCCUGAGGAUGCCGAGAAGCGGUAAUCUCCACUGCGUCUUCUUGAAUUGCUAAAUAAAUGAGGUGACACAAC